AUGGCUGGAAAAUCAUCAAAGAAGAUCGCUGCCAAGAAUGCUGCAAUUCUAAAGCAAUUGGACGUGCUUGUCGUUACUGUAUUGUCACUUACCAUACUUAGAAAGCUUUUCACGAAUGGAUUGUCGUCUUGUAUCAAGCCCCUCAUUUUUAAUGUGCCGAUGCUAGUGUGCUUCUACAUUCUUGAAAAGUCGGGGAGACCUAAGUACGAAGUGAGUGAUGCAACUCAUGGUAAAUACAAGCUAGUUAGCGAAGGUUUGGAUUUAGAAUCUGGAGGAUUGACUGAGUACAUGUUUGAUUUCGUGUACGUGUCACUAUUCUGUAAUUUGGGAACUGUUAUUUUCAACACGAUGAAAUGGUGGUUCUUAGUAUUGAUCUGCCCCACGUUCAUUUUGUAUAAACUUUAUGGAUUGAAGCAGCAGUUCUUCCCAGGGAAUAAUAAAAGACCACAUCAGGAGCAAAUGCAGGCUUCGGAACCCUCCAAGUCCAAGAGACAACAAAAGAAGGAGAAGCGUGGUGACAAAGCACAAGUAAAAUACCGAUAG